AUGAGUGGUAGAAGAAGAGCCGAUUCGCUGAAGGGUUUGUCGCUUCCAAAAUAUAACCGACCUCAAACUGAAGAAGAGAUGGCUUCGAUGCAUAACUAUAGAGAUAGUGGCAUCCUUCUUCUCUCUUUAACUCAAUCUCGACAAGCUUGGACAAGUUCUAUUUUAAGAAAGUUUUCUAGCAAACAAGAAGUUGUUUAUCAACCUAAAUUACCAGAAUAUACAAAUCCCAAUGCGAUUGUUUCAUUACUGGGAAAAUGUCAUAUUACCAUAGGACCACACACUUUUUAUGACACUAAAAUUUAUGAGGCCGUAUAUGAAAAAGAAAUGCCGAAUCCGGAUAUCCCAGUUGGAAAUUUUCAAAUUCAGCAACCAACACAGCUGGGAUCGCUCCAAUCUCCAGCACAACAGCAACAGCAAACGCAAUCAAGUACACCAAAUUUAGCACAAACUCCGCAAUCUGUUAUACAAAUGCCACUACAACAACCGUCUACUGCAACUCAUACACAACAAUCGUCUCAAAUGAAAACUCCGUCAGCUUCAACGACACAGUCGUUUCCUAGACCAAUACAUCCUGCUAUACAGCCGAGGCCGCAAUCACAAUCACAAACGCAAGUACCGAUUCAACCACGAGUUACUUUACCAAGGAUAUCUGCACGUCCAGCUACUAAUACACCUCCAGCUACUAAUGCACCUCCAGCUCUGGCUUUGCCUAUAAAUACUUCAUCUGCAAAUUCGAGCGGUACAUCUUCAUCUUUAAAUGUGAAUGCUAAUACACCAAAAGUUCCACCACAAGCUACGCCACAACUCACUGCUUUCAUGCAAACAGUACUUCAAUCUGUUAAUCCAACUCAGAUAUUGGCCAUUCAAGAACAUUUGCGUCAUCCUCAAGUGGCAGCUCACAUGUCCCUUGAACAAAAAAACGCGUUGAUCAGUCAAUUAACAAUUAUCCAUCAAUUAUUGACAUCAACCCAAUUAUCUCAACAGAAACCUCAACAGCAAUCAGUUCAUUCACGAACACAGUCUCCUGCGAUGAGAGUUAGACAAGUUGUUAGGCACGAGGUCCUGUUAGAGUUUAAGGAAACUAAGAAUGAUAAAUGGUUGUUUCCAAAGGACGCAAUUUUAGAAGCAAUGUCAAUGUCUGAACCUUAUGAUGUACUUGCAUCGUUUUAUCUUCCUCAAAAUGAAGACACAUCAAAUUCCAAGCAGCAACAUCAGCCUGUUACGAUGCAUAUGACUAAUAUAACUCAACCGAUGUUGGAUGCUUUAAAAAAAGCUACGAAUGAUGUAACUACUGUCUUUAAAUCAAUGGUUGAAAAGGCAAACAAGCAACCCAAUCGUGUUUAUUUGCAAUACUGUUUGCCUUGUGAUUAUCCCGAAGACUUAUUAGAGGCAAUUGGACAAAAAGUUUCUAAAUUAGACGGAACCAUGCAAAAAUCUAGAAACGGGGAAGGUAGCAAAACAACAUCAAGGGCAUCAACUUCGGCUCCAAAGAAAGCAAAAACAGUGCCUGAUGUUGCGGCUCAUGCAGCGCCUGUUUCAACAUCUGGAUCCAGUGGAGGUAACAAACGUUGUGCUUAUUGUUUUUGUAAGAGUACUCCUAUGUGGAGAAGAGGUCCUGAUGGUGCUGGGACUCUUUGCAAUGCCUGUGGUGUGAAAUGGAAACAAGGAAAGAUAUUGCAGGGUACUAAUGCUAAUCGUGCCACUGAAGCCAGCGGUGACUCUGUGACAGUUGCACCAAGUCCUAAAUCUAGAAAAUAUUCAUUAUCAGCUGCAUGCACUUCUCCUACUGCACCUACAGCUGUAAAAGCUAAAAAGAAGCCUGGACGAUCACUUUCAAUUAGCGAAGGUGCGUUAUCACUUACUGAUGAUGAUGAAAGCCGAGAUAAGAAUCUUAGCAAUACUGGAGAAAAUUUAAACCCAGAGUCACAAAAGAGUGGUAGUGGCAGAAGAGCAUCUGCAUCAUCAAAGAAAAAUAGUUUUAAAGACCCAGAAUCACCAGACAUUGUAUCCAGUCCAUCACGAUCACCACAGUACACAUCCAUAUCCACUGCAACAGGAGGGGUAGGAUUACCAACAUCUCGCGCUUCUACUACAACAUCUACACCAACAACAAAUUCUCCAACCAUACUUGGUGGUGGUAUUGGGUUUCCAAUAAAUUUGAAAUUAAAUUCAAUCUUGUUUGGCUCUUCAGGAAAUAAUUUGAUUGGAGGAAAUAAUAAUAACAGUAAUCAACAAGAUGGAAAUUAUUAUUUCUCACAACCUAAUUGUAGUGCGCAAGUUUUCGAAGAUUGUCUAAAAAUAAGAUUGGAAAAAGAUGGAUACGAAAAAACUAGCAUUGAUAUUUGGAAAGAAAAUUUAGAUUUUUUAAAUUUUGAAAAUGAAAGAGAUUUGGCUACUGGAAUUCCAUUACUUUCAGUUCAAGCAUACGUUACUCAGCAUUUGAAUAGGUUCGAUCAAGAACUAUUAAACCCUGAUCUCAAUAAUACUUUGGUAACAUUCAAAUUUAUAAAUUUGAAUGUUAACUUUAGGCCUACUACUACAAUUAUUGAAAAUAAUGGGAGUGGUAAUGAUAUAUUUAGAAGUGGUGAAAGUAGAGACCUUAAAACAUUUUUAGAGAAAUGGGUAUCUUCAGGAAUUAAUAUUACAAAGUAA